UACCGACAUUGAAGUCCUUUGGAUACAUAGGAGGACGACUUAUCUCUGCAGAGAUGAGGCUUGCAGCUGUGGUUGUGAUGUGUGCACUGAUGGUUUGUCAGGAUCCACGGAGUCUGGGAGCGUCUCUGCCAGGAUUUUUCCCUGCGCAGGAAACACGAGGAACAGGUUCUGUCCUCAUUCAGCUGAGAAGGAGCACCCUCGGAGACUUUUUGGAGGAUCCCAGCCUGUGUUUCUCCCUGCGGGAAAACGACGCGCAGCAGAUGCAGCAGCAGCUCCUCUGCAACGACCGCAGGAGCAAAUUCAACGUCAACCCAUUCGGCCUUCGCUUCGGGAAGCGCUACAAUCACGGUUACAUCUACAGGAGAGCUGUUAAAAGCGCCAGAAGGGGUCGAUUUUCACCUCGCCAACCAGAGGUGCUGACCUGAAGCAAAUGUAGACUUGUGCGUUAUCCCGUGCAGGACCACAACAAUGUGCCAUGUGAUCCGUAAAAAAAGAAAACACACGACUUAUCUUUACACAUUGUCAAAAAAGCAUUUUUUAAUCAUAUUAUGUAAUGACUAAAUUUGACACAAGGUGGCAGUAAAACGCCAUUUUUAUUUACAAAUACCGUAGCUUUUAAAUUGCUGCCAAGAAUACACGGAACAGGAAAAACAUGAUCAACAUUACCAACUAAUUAUUGCCUUAUUCUGUUGUGACUAUUUCUUUCUCUGGUUCUUCUUAUUUCCUGAGUGCGCUGUCCCGAUUGAGACGCAGCUCAGACAAUAUUUUGUUACUAUUUUUUGUAAUA